GCAGCUUCCGGCGUCGCUCGUGUAGGUGGGUGAAGAAGGAGCGGGCCCUCGCCGCUCUGUCUCACUGUCUCGCGCUCUCUCGGGCAACAUGGCGGGUGUGGAGGAGGCAGCGUCCUCCGGGAGCCACCUGAAUGGCGACCUGGAUCCAGACGACAGAGAAGAGGGAGCUGUCUCUACGGCUGAGGAGGCAGCCAAGAAAAAAAGACGGAAGAAGAAGAAGAGUAAAGGGGCUGCCACAGCAGGGCAACAGGAACCUGAUAAAGAAUCAGGAGCCUCAGUUGAUGAGGUAGCAAGACAAUUGGAAAGACAAGCAUUGGAAGAGAAAGAAAGAGAUGAUGACGAUGAAGAUGGAGAUGGGGAUGGAGAUGGAGCAGCUGGAAAGAAGAAGAAAAAGAAGAAGAAGAAGAGAGGACCAAAAGUUCAAACAGACCCUCCCUCAGUUCCAAUAUGUGACCUGUAUCCUAACGGUGUAUUUCCCAAAGGACAAGAAUGCGAGUACCCACCCACACAAGAUGGGCGAACAGCUGCUUGGAGAACUACAAGUGAAGAAAAGAAAGCAUUAGAUCAAGCUAGUGAAGAGAUUUGGAAUGAUUUUCGAGAAGCUGCAGAAGCACAUCGACAAGUUAGAAAAUAUGUUAUGAGCUGGAUCAAGCCUGGGAUGACAAUGAUAGAAAUCUGUGAAAAGUUGGAAGACUGUUCACGAAAGCUAAUUAAAGAGAAUGGAUUAAAUGCAGGCCUGGCAUUUCCUACUGGGUGUUCUCUAAAUAACUGUGCUGCCCAUUAUACUCCAAAUGCUGGUGACACAACAGUAUUACAGUAUGAUGACAUCUGUAAGAUAGACUUUGGAACACAUAUAAGUGGUAGGAUUAUUGACUGUGCUUUUACUGUUACUUUUAAUCCCAAAUAUGAUACAUUAUUAAAAGCUGUAAAAGAUGCCACUAACACUGGAAUAAAGUGUGCUGGAAUUGACGUUCGUCUGUGUGAUGUUGGUGAGGCCAUCCAAGAAGUUAUGGAAUCCUAUGAGGUUGAAAUAGAUGGGAAGACAUAUCAAGUGAAACCAAUCCGUAACCUAAACGGACAUUCAAUUGGGCCGUAUAGAAUACAUGCUGGGAAAACAGUGCCCAUCGUGAAAGGAGGAGAGGCUACAAGAAUGGAGGAAGGAGAAGUGUAUGCCAUUGAAACCUUUGGAAGCACAGGAAAAGGCGUUGUUCAUGAUGAUAUGGAAUGUUCACAUUAUAUGAAAAAUUUUGAUGUUGGACAUGUGCCAAUAAGGCUUCCAAGAACAAAACACUUGUUAAAUGUCAUCAAUGAAAACUUUGGCACCCUUGCCUUCUGCCGCAGAUGGCUGGAUCGCUUGGGAGAAAGUAAAUACUUGAUGGCUCUGAAGAAUCUGUGUGACUUGGGCAUUGUAGAUCCAUAUCCACCAUUAUGUGACAUUAAAGGAUCAUAUACAGCACAGUUUGAACAUACCAUACUGUUGCGUCCAACAUGUAAAGAAGUUGUCAGCAGAGGAGAUGACUAUUAAACUUAGUCCAAAGCCACCUCAACAUCUUUUAUUUUCUAAGCUUUGUUGGAGUACAUUAUAUCACAAUUAAUUUGCAACAUGUUUGUCUGUUUAACAGUGGACCUAUGUAAUGCUUUUAUCCAUGUUUAAAAAGGAAGGACUUUGAUCAAAUGCAAACCAUCUAAUGUAAUUAGCCAAGGAAAAAGCUUUCAGGACUUUCAAAUGUUAACUGUUUUUCCCAUCUAGGAAAUGCUAUAAAGCUCAAAUUAGUUAGGAAUGACUUACACAUUUUUUGUUUUAAACACCUAAGAGAUGCUUUUCAGAUAUUUAUAUUGCCAUAUUCUUAAUUGAAUGCUUUGAAUGACUACAUCCAAUUCUGCACCUAUACCCUCUGGUAUUGCUUUUUAACCUUCCUGGAAUCCAUUUUCUAAAAAAUAAAGACAUUUUCAGAUCUGA